CUGUGUGGCCUCUAGUGACAGGUGCUGUGUCUAUGCAUGUGGGUGAGAACAGCUGAGCAGAGAUGUAAGCAGAGUCUGCGGUGACUGAUCAUGCAGAACAGACAGGCUGAGGCUGACCGGACCCUCUGGGUGGGAAAUUUGGAUUACAAAGUGAAGGAGGAGAUCCUGUAUGAGCUUUUCCUGCAGGCAGGACCGCUGCGCAGAGUGACCAUUGUUACAGAUAAAGAAGGAAACUCCAAGUCAUUUGGGUUUGUCUGCUUCAAGCAUACAGAAUCUGUGCCCUAUGCUAUAGCAUUACUGAAUGGCAUUCGCCUGUAUGGCCGGCCCAUUAAACUACAGUAUAGAACAGGGAGUUGCCGCUCCGAGUCAGACAGCGUUUUCCAGGAACCCGAAAACAGCUUUGCCAGGAAUCCUCCAGACUACGGAAUGCCUGUAUCUGGAGUAAACUUUGAAUCUUCUAAUCCUGCACCUCCUGUUAACAGCAGCGUCUUCUCUCAGGCAUGCGCCUAUUUUCAAGGAAUGAUGGACCUUGUAUGUGUAUAGGUGGUCUACCGUCUCCAGAUUAACUGAAAAUUUUUAGAGCAACAAGAUGUCAAGAUGUUAGCGGCAGUAUGAGCCUAUCAUAACUUGGUUUAUUUUUCCCUCCUCUAUGGAUGAACCAGUACUUCACUGUACAAAAUCCGGCAUGUGGUUGGACGGCUCCAAAGCAGCAAGGCUAUGAACAGUUCUUUCCAUGGAACACGCAGACCUCAAUGAUUCCAUAUCCCGAGCCUCAGGCAAGCUGCAGUUUUGAUCCACGUUCUUCCAGCUGGGAUCCAGAGAUGGCUUGGGACUGCAGAAUCAGCCAGAGUGCAACAGGCCCUCAAAAUCAUAAGAGAACCAUGGAGAGCAGAGACAGCGAUAGUUCCGAAACAAGUUUUCAGGAAUCAAACCCGAGUAAAAGACAAAGAAAGCUUAGAGCAAAGAAGAAGAAGAAAAAGAACUUGAUGUAUUGCACUAAAUAGGUUACUGGGAAUUGGUGAACGUGACCCGGGAAAUGUAUUAUGCUUUUGAGGGCAACAAGAUUGUGCGCUUAUAGAACACAUGAUCGUCUCUUCUGCUACCAUAUGCAAUGUGUAAAGUUCCUGCUGCUGAUGAGUCUUUUCUCAAAAGGAAUCCAGGCUUUACCUGUUCAAUUUUUGGCCAUCUGCCUGCCUAAUCCUAUUACAUAAGUUAUGAAUUGCGUUCGUAAAAAAAAAAAAA